CGAGCGAAACGGUUGAAUGGAGUGUGUGACAUAGGAGACAUAAACGUCAAACGUUCCUUUUCUUUCUCUUUCCGGUAUAGGUGCCGAAUAACGUAGCAAGAUGAGAACCAUCAACUCAAAUCAAUGUGUGAAAAUCCCACGGGGUAUUGAAGCCUCCGUCAAGUCACGUAUUGUGACAAUCAAAGGUCCGCGUGGUGUUUUGAAGCGCAACUUCAAGCACUUGGCUUUGGAUAUCCAUAUGUCAUCACCACGUACAUUGAAGGUCGAGAAAUGGUUUGGAACCAAAAAGGAAUUGGCUGCCGUUCGUACCGUGUGCUCGCACAUCCUUAACAUGAUCAAAGGUGUAACCAAAGGAUUCCAAUACAAAAUGCGUGCUGUAUAUGCGCAUUUCCCCAUCAACUGCGUUACAUCUCAAAACAAUACGGUCAUUGAAAUCCGUAACUUUUUGGGCGAAAAAUACAUUCGUCGCGUUGAAAUGGCACCAGGUGUGACAGUUGUCAACUCAACAAAACAAAAGGAUGAAUUGAUCCUCGAAGGCAACGACAUCGAAGCCGUAUCUGGUUCAGCUGCUCUCAUCCAACAAUCGACAACCGUCAAAAACAAGGAUAUCCGUAAAUUCUUGGACGGUUUGUACGUUUCCGAAAAAACUACCGUUGUUCAAAGCGAAUAAACUAAAGUUAUACCAAUAAACUUAAAA